CUAAAUCGUUUAAGUCAUCUGAUUCUUGCAGUUCUCCCUUAUUUAACUACGAAAUUACACUUAAUCAGCUACCAGGGAUUCACUACGCAAAAUGCUGAACAUGAACGGAGUAGAUCCUUUAGAACAGGAUAGUAAAUCGGCUUUUAUGGAACUACAGGCAUCACAGGGUAUGGGGAUGGGGACCCAUUCCCCCUACCCCAUCAGGUCCUCGUACCCCGGUACGAUGCAUUCGCAACACGAUGGGGCUUUUACCGCGCCAAGACAUACUCAACAUAUCCCCGGCUACCCUUUUUCCAUGAACACUAUGUCACAUACUUCUUACAACCAUCCGACGCACCAUGCGUUUAGUAUGUCACCCUACCAUCAAACCUGCUCGACAUCGCCACAACGGGACGAUAAAUCGCUUGUAGAGGAGCAACUCCGCAUGAACGGCAAAGGGAAAAAAAUGCGUAAACCCCGGACUAUUUACUCCAGCUUACAGCUUCAGCAGUUAAACCGGCGAUUCCAGCGCACACAGUACCUGGCCCUUCCAGAGAGAGCCGAACUCGCUGCCGCACUAGGACUUACUCAAACUCAGGUAAAAAUAUGGUUCCAAAACAAGCGUUCAAAGUUAAAGAAGAUCAUGAAACAGCAACAACCCUGCCCCCAAGGACAAACACCACCUCAGUCACAGUCAACGACGCCGCAACACAACGGCAACGGAUUACAACAGACGCCGCCAACGCCGCAUACGCCGACCCCACAGGGACAGUCAGAUGGAUCAACACCUACGUCACAAAAUGGCCAAACAAACGUGCCCCAGACGAACAAUAUCUCAGUCAUGCCACCUCAUAGCUCAGUCAGCCCUACGACAACGUGGCAGGAACUCAGUCCAGCCAAUGCCCCACCCGUACCCCAAUCAUACCUCCCGCAAUACCCAUGGUACGGACAAAAUUCUAUGUGCCAAACGUCAUUACUCACAUAAUGACGUCAUAAACAUGGCGCCUAUGGAGCUGGGACUGGAAACUAAUUUUAUUAAUAUGAAAAUUUUAAACUGAAAUUACUUAGAUUUGCACGGCGUAUAUUUGUCUGAUUUCUUCUAUAUAAAGACAGUCGUCACUGAAUAGGCACAACGGGCAUCUUUUUAGAGGACGUCUCAUCACUGAAUUGAUCGGCCAACUCCGAAAAUGUGGAAGUGAUGUAACUGUAGUAUAUUCGAAUAUUUCGCAUUCCAAAUAGGCAGCAUAUCUUGGAAAUUCAAGAAAAGGACCAGUGUAUUCUCCGGCAACAUUACGACAGGGGUUCGUGGAAAAAGUUCUGUUCACCAAGUCUUCGUGCGUAGAAAAGUGUAUAGACCUCUUCAUUGCAAACCACGUGACCGCUAACCACGUGACGUGGCUACUUCAGACGUUCUAUCACAUGACCUCUGACACUUCGCCAUUUCGCUUUCAUGUUAUUUUGUAAGGUUACCCGAUUCCGCACAUUUUUGUGUUUGUUCUCAAAAAUAUUAUAUUUCAAGUGUUUGAAGUUCGACAUCAGAGUGUUGUACCCUCAGGCCUCCGAAAAGGUUAUUUUUGCGUGAUAGGAGCAGUAUUGACUCGCAAAUUGCCUCCAAAUAUGUGAAUUUUAUUGCCUGAACUAUCGACAACUGCGCGUAGCGAAGUCAUUUUUCAUAACCUCUCGAGAUUGGGCGGGUUCAGUUUAUGGAAACGAGGCUGCGAAAUAAAGUGUGUGUAUAUAAUAUAUACGUAUAUAUGGAUUUUUUUAAAUUUCGCUGAUGAUAAUGUAUGACAUUCUAAUUUUACAUAACGCGGCGCCGAUACACGUUUAUUUCAAAAUGGUGGUCUCACGUGUGUCAUACUGACGUCAACAAGAUAAUGUAGACAAGACUACGUCACUAUAUUUUUGUUUUAUGAUGUAUAUUCCGUGUAAAUCUAAGUGUUCAGACAAUCCUAGUCGUUUUUAUAAUUUGGUAAUGUAAAAUACAUGUAUUAACUAUUGAAUCGGGCAAGAGAAUCGGGGCCUCUGGAGAUGAGGAUCUUGUCUACCAAAUGAGGUGGUCUCAUUACCUUCAUUUUAUCAGGUGUUUUGUGCAAGCGAAAUCGUACGUAAAGUAUGCCCCACUUUGUUCUUUUGCAAACGGAUUUAAGGGACAAUUUUAUGGUUUGAAUGCAUUCCUUUAUUUAAUUGUGACACGGCUAAAAGAGAAAACCCACAGUUAACCCUCCACAAUCCAUAGCACAGUUUAAUUUUCAUAAGCGUCACUAGGUUAUACAAUGUAUUUGGAUGUAGGUAAAUGCAUUUUACUUUACUGUUGAGAAACUACCGCACUGGAGGGUGAACUAUUCACAACAUUUACCUUUUGAUGCUGUGACAUAUAAUGCAAUUUUGUGAUUUUCUUGUUAUUUUAAGAACUCGAGUUCGUCCAAAAGCCCUUUUUACCUGUCUUCCCUCGAUAGUAGCUCCUGACUCCUUAGUGCGACGACUCUGACCCCUUAGUUUGCAUUUGUGUGAAUAUAUCAGCGUGCUAGCCAAAAAAAUCAACUUCAUCUAUCUCAAGUUUGCCCGAUGACAAUUGCAUCAUUCUUUACUAAAAACAGCAAAAUUUACAUGCCUCUUCUUUUCGCGACAAUGUGUAAUUAAAAAUUUUCACGAUUUUGGGAUUCAUCACUAAUUUAUCUAAAUGUUAAAAAGAGAAAACCACUGUCAAGGGAACAGGCUGGUGCAUUUUCGUAUUUUUGCGAACUGUGAAAAAAUUUUCCAAUGUAACAAUCGCAAUUUUUUUUGGUGCAUCGAUCUUAUUCGUAAAAAAAAACCAACCACAUUUGGGGGUUUAUAGUAUCCUCGAAUCACUCUCUUUGAAGAUACGAGCGCGUUAUUGCCAGAGACUCAGAACUGCUACAACAACCACUCCUAUUUUCAACUUCUGUCUCUUCUGUCUAACGCAGCACUGGUCCCUGCCCAACCCAUUAUGGCGGAACCCAUGGCUAUCUUCGAAGUCAGCGUCGCCAGCACUACUGUUCAGCAAUGCUAAUACGGCAAACUUGAGAUAAAUCAAGAUGAUAUUAUAGAUGGGUAAAACAUAAGGUGAAUCUCUUAUUUUGUGAAUGUUGACAAAAAAAUAUGAAUUGUUCUGCUGAGAAUUAGAGCUAUAACAACGAGAAAAAUAUGGUUACAGAUGCUGACUCCUUAAGGUGAAUUAUUUUUCUAUCUUCCCACGAAAAAUAUGCUGAUAUUUAUGGAAGUAUGAGAAGUGUGUUGAUGAUAAGAACUAGAGAGGUUCUAAGACAGCCUUGUACAAUUAACCGAAGUCCAUUUCCUCUAUGUUGGCCCCGAUGAGGAAUCGUCUUUAUGGUAAUUAUAAAGUUCGGCCUACAAUAAAAGUGAAUACAUGACUUUUAUGUAACAGCCAUCCCGUGUACCGAUGUAACCAUACGUUAAUCAAAAUGGACUUCAGCAAUAACAAUAAUGCUAUUUAUUUGUCAAAAAUGUAGAAUGUUAGAUAAAUAGUGUUCGCGUUAUCUUAAACAAGCGUUCGUUGUUCUUAGAAUCUCUUGGUAGAGGAGAGGUUUCUCAACGUCCCUAGUUACGGGAACGGCUACGCUGCGGCGGAAGGGUGAUGCUUGAAUACUGUUGGUAGAAGCAGCAGUUUUCUAAAGGCAGUAUUCAACCGGCCCAUCACCCGAUACAUCCUAAUGAGCGCCGAUAUUAAGGAGAGUAUUUCAUAGAUUUACCUGGGUUUCUCCAAUUCAAUGCAAAGAUAGACACUAAGCGGGCUUUGUAAACAGAAUACCGGAACAGGCAGACUGUGCUGCUCAUAGCAUAUCUGAAGGUGUAGGGAGAACGAUACUGCCUCUUAUAAACUGCUCGUAGAAGUGUUGGAUGCCACUAUGGUGCAAGAUGCACUUUAGACCAUACAUGCACCGCACUCCUUUAGAUAAAACCAGCAAUUAUUGAGGAUGACGCCGAAAAUCACAUGAGUUGUAGUUGCACUCGUAACACAUGACGUAGCUAAACCCCUCUAGUGUUUCUGUGUGAGUCGUAAGCCUGUGUUCUAGGCAAAAACAAGCCAAACUGUUACAUUCAGUAACUAAUUACAGUAAUGUCACAUAGGAAUAAGUCAUUUACAGUGAAUGGAAAUUAUGAGAAGCCCGCCCGAUUCGUAUUGAUAUCUACAUGAGGACGUAUUUUUAGCCGAUCUAAAUCAACACUUCCUUCUACUAUACAGCCUGUACAUAUGAAUUAAGCCUGCGUACCUCCGAAAUGUAGAGAGGCAUUCCCUACAAUUUUGAAGCGUAAUAAAUUUUAGCACGCCCUGCAUGUUGAGUACCAAUUUAAAUUGCUACAAGCGUGGUGGUUGGACCACACCUCAUUUCUGUCAACCAAUCGUAAAGCUUGUAAUAAAUUUCAUAGGUUUUCUACCAAUUUUCUGCAUCAUGCUCCUAACGCACAAUAUUUGUGCAACGGAUCCAGUGUCGUUGAUACCUUGGUAUGAUAUUGUGUUAAAGGCCAUCUCCAUUCGUUUAAAAAUGUGAAAGCUGAAUUUGAAUUUGAUAUUUUCAACUGUGUAUAUUCGUACCGAGUUGUAAAUGUAAUCUCAACAAAUGCCUUUGUCUAGAAUGAUAUACAGGUACUAUAAAAACCAUGUUUCAGCAAAUUUGCGUGCAUAACAACUGCGUUAUCACUUGUUAAUUUCCAUUUACUCGAUCACGAGUAAAUACAAUAUACACGGACGGUGCGGGCCUUUAAAUUAAGUACAAUUCCAACUAACUUUUUGUUGUUGAUCAAAAACUUCCCAUGAGCCUUUGGGUCGGAGUCGUCGGUGAGAUCCUAUUGGUUGAUUCGAGGUGUAUGAAUAUAAUAAAUAUUAAUGAGCAUGGCUAUUAAUGCGCAUGAACUUUAUGAUCAAACCUAGAUUUUUGGAUGAAUCGCGUACACAUUUGCUCUGAAUGGUUCUAUUUUUGAGUGUUUUAGAAGGGUAAAGAUUUGAUAAAAUCGCAGCAAGAUUUAGUGCUUGAGUAUAAUUGACUUUGAUAUUUUGAUGUUUUGUGCAGCAAUGGGAGACGGUUUGGUUUCUUUCAGUUAGAUUUGUAAAGUAUCGGGUCAAAAAUAAUCGUACAUGUAUGUGAAUUAUAAAGUUAUUUAUAACUUUAUUUUUUGAGUGCAAGUGUUGGAUGUAACACAAAAACAACAUAGUCAAACACAUGAAAAUUUAUGAAAAUAUAUGGCAUGAAAUUAAAACACGUUUUCUAUUCAUUGGAGUGGCAGUUCCAGUUUAUAAAACUGUUCACAACGCAACGGUCUCUGCUUCAUUAUCUGAGCUGGCUGAUUUACAAGCGGAGUCACAGAGACGUUCUGAUCAAGACCACCUUUAACUGCCCCAGAAACAAGCGAUUUAUGUCGCUGCGACCUGCAAUUUAAAUUGCAGGCGACCAUAAUCGCUCGUUUGCGUUGGUCACCGCACUUCGAAGCGACCUGUGAGUCAAUAUCAAACCCAGCCAUUUCUAGUUUUACCGUCAGACGAGAGAUUUUUUGUCGCUCAUAGCAGCGAUUAACAUUGCAGGUAGCUGCGAUCGCUUGUUUGCGCGGCGCUUCAGAAAGGUCAUGCCUGAAAUGUUAUCAUAGCUCUUUUCGGCAAGAAGGUGUUAAACUUUGUUUUAACAUUUUCGAGCACGUCCUCGAAGCAUUCCACAAACCAACAAACGUCUACUUUCGCCUCUCAGCACGAUACAAUGGGUCACGCAAUUCAAAUUCGUCAUCGCGAAGCAGUAAUUACAUGUAAUUACAUAUAAUUUUCUAUUUGUAUUCCUGUGUCGUGAAUCAUGAACUGCAAAAAUAUAGGCCGGGUGAAACAUACAUCACGGAGGCUAUUGUUAUUGUGUGGGGCUGUGAACAAAAGGAUAUUGCUGCAACCAAACGGAGAGGAAGUAGAGGAGGGUGGAAAGAUUCAAUUUGAAAAUGGUGGCCCGGAUGUUGAGGAUGAAUUCCACUUCAUUCUUCCGCGCACUGCUUAACCACUUGAUGUGGCAGAAGUGCAUAAAAUACGAACGAUUUUUGUUCUUUGUUGCAUAGUAAUACUUUUAAGGAGAGUAUUUACGUUCGAAAGAAGGUUUUCAUGGUGAAACUCAGAUUUUAUAAUCGUCUUUGCUCUUAGAGUGAAAUCAACGUUGCCACUGUGAUUUGAAAAUUCAAAUCGAGCAUAGGUUACAGGCUGUCUCCCAUUGCGUGAUUGUUACCAUGAACGACGAGAAUAAAACUUCACUUUUUACACUAAAUUCACAUCAUUAUGUCUCUUUGAAUGAUUUGUAUGACUCACUUUAGGUUUGUAUUUGAAUUUGAAUCGAAUAAUGUGCGUUUCUAAACUCGUGUUAUAUUUACUUCUGCGGAACAGAAAAAAAUCCCAAACAUCCUGCGAAAAGUUUUCCUAAAUAAGAGCCCAAUCACUCCCUGUGUACGUCCUCGCGAGUGUCGUAGCGCAGUUUGCAGAAACGAGAGCUUCCGGAGAAAUUCAAAGUGUUAAAUUUAUCUAUUUUCAAUGGUAUACAUUUAUUUAAUAAGAACGUACCUGUAUGAAUAUUGGGAAAUACACGGGGAUUAUUGGGCCUUUAUUUUUUUAUUUCGAAGGCGACUAACGGCUUUUAUUCCAAUUUCGAAGAACGUUGACAAUGCUCAUUUUAAGAUAUGGUUUAAACUUGGCGGCAUUUUUUCAUGCAAAAUGGCGUGUUAAAUUUUUUGUUUUUGUGCGAAUAUCAAUCCGCGGUACCUAAAAUGACACGAAUUUAGGAACUAAUUUACUGCAUUCUGUGUAACAUUUUACGAAUAUUUCUGGAUUUUGUAAGUGCGCCUCAGUAGAUUCUCCAUUGUGAAUUGUAUUGAGUGUGUUUGGUUAGUGACUUGACGUGAGAUAUUUCUCUGUGUUUUAUCAUUUCGUUGGAUUUUGAUGAUGUUACUUUAAGCUGGGUUUAAUGCUUUAUUUUAAAGAAGCGAGAUGAUGCCUCUGUAAAAAAUAUAAAUGUCCUCCAAUGAAACACGAAUUGAAAUACGUUCAAACCUGGGUAAAUGAAGAAUGCAAAUACAUUUUAUUGUUUUUUUCCAUGAACUCAUAUUUUUCAUAAGUUAUCUGGUUAAGGCCGGCUUCAUCGACACCUUCAGAGAUACCAAUAUAUCGUGGUAAGUCAAUUUUUCGAUUUCCAUGGGUAUACGAAUCGAAUUAUUUUACCGUGACUCCAUUUUGUUCCGGUCAUGCAGACGAACACGGUGUAUCUAACGCAUAUGACUGACUUGUAUUUCUUACUAAGUAUUCUGAAUUGUCUGAGUAUCUGUGCAAUAUUGUCCAAGCGUCACCUAAAUAACCUCCACGCCGCUGCGAGCGAGCUUGAGAAGAUUGAGAUCCCCUCGCAGCAACUUUUCCGUAUAAGCUAGACUUCAAUGUACAUAAAUACAACUGAAUUUUCACAAUUUUAUCGUUGGCGUGUUGACCCUGCACUUCCGUGGAAGAGUGGUACAUUACGCUUAUUUGCCCUUGCCUAUCGAGCCCCAUGAAGCUGAUUCUUGAGGGUCGAUGUUAUGAAAAUUUGCCCUGAUACCUCUUUGAUAAGACAGUAGAACAAAGGUAAUUUAGGCCUUUAUAGGUGCGAGCGAGCUUUGUUUAAAGACAAUAUACCAUGUAUUUGGCUAGGCCUGAAUUCGUUCAACCACGAGGGAUAAAAGGGGGAAAAUAACGUAUGUCACUUUUUCAGCUAUACCAUCUUUCUAAAUCGUGUUCAAUUAACAUAUAUUCACGUGUCGAAUACUCUCUCUAUGUUCUCGAACAAGUGCUCAUACAAUGUUUUAUGACUCAUACCCCUAAAAGGCAUAAUAUUGCUUUCAGCUGAUAUUACAUUGCGUACAUGUAUGUUGUCUGUGAUACCCGUUAAAGACGCAAAAACAAGGUCUGUUCAUUAAAUAAUUAUUUUGUAAUUUGAAGAACUGUGUAGUGUUUUGGCCAAACAGGUGCAGUGAUUUUUCAGGCUACAGUAACUAACCAUGUAUGUAGGGGAAUUGUAUUUCGGUUUUUCCAUUCUAUGUGGUUAGAAAAUUACCACGGUGACCUAUCACCCUUUUUUUCUUUCGUGACUGGACAAUCACACAACUCAUUUGCUUAUCUGAGGAUCAUAAGACAAAAUCUUGAUAAUUCGUACCGCUGCAAAAGGCAUUUUAGAGCUGUACGAAUAGUUUUUUCUUCAAGAGGCUGUAAACGUACUGUAAGCUUACUUGUGUUGAACUUUUCCAAUUCAACUAUUUACAUUCUGAAUAAAAGCCGAAUAAUCAUUUACGUUAGCCGUUCCCUAUAUACGUCAGGAUAUAGUGAUUGUAGAUACGUUUCUGACCUUCAUGUCGAAAGUACCACUGAAAGCUGCAGAAUCCCUAAUUUCUUUCUGAGGUGUCAUGUAUAGUUAAAAACAUGGUAAAAUUUGAGAGAAAAUACAUUAGUACAGUGCAGAUUUUCUGAGGAUAAGCUUGCUCGGAAUGUAAGUUAAAUUAUCUCAAGGAAGGACACAGAUUUGUGCCUGUUGCUGAUCUUAACAUUGCCGAGAGACCUGAUCAAAUGAUUUAUAGAGAAACUUGACAUUUUUAAGAAGUUUACUUCCUUCAACCACUCAUUUGAGAAGAUUCUCAAAUUUUAAAAUGUUAUAGUACGCAAUCCUUAACUUUUAGUACGAUUAAAUUGAACCAAUCAAGAUCGAUUGGAUAAGAAAUACCGGGACUGAUGUGCAAAGGAUUAUGGGUAAUCCAACUCUGUACUGCCAAAUCACAUGACCUUCGGUCAAGGUUAUUACAAUCGGUUGAUGGAUGGAUAGAUUAACGUAGUUGCAAGACGUCACUCUUUUACUAUAAUUGCUUCUUCUUUUUGAAGAAUAUCAUAGGGACUAAACCCCAUUUUGGGUAAAAGGUCGAGGUAAAUACGUCAUCUUAUUAUUCGCUGCUUGAGAACCUUAGUGAUAACUUUUCAUACAUGUAAUAUGCCAUGCACUAUGGUACUAUGCACUGGAAAUAACCUGGGUGAAUAAUCACGCAAACCCAGAGUUCGAGGUUUGCGGGUUAACCGUGUUCAAAUUUGAAGCAACAUUUUGUGGGCGAAAAUUAUUGGCAAUUAUCAUAAGAGUGUGGCGAUUUGAUUUUUUUUAACAGUAGGCAAAUCUUUAGUAAAAUGCAUUGGCCCAAAAUAAACAACGUCACAAUACUCCGAAUGAGCGGGAAAGAGGACUUUAGAAUUACAGUCAUAGUUUAUAUUGUAAAUGUAUUUAUUGUCCAAAUUUGUACAUAAUAGCCAAUCUCGAUCCUAGGCAGUUGGGAAUUUUCCUGGGACCGAGGUUGUACAUGUGUAUAUUAGAUAGUGAGGAAAAAUCGUCAUGUUUGACUUGCAUGUGACAUGGUGCAUCUCUGUAUAAUGUAAUAAAGCUUUACAGCCAUUUUAAAGCA